ACGUGGGCUGAAAUUGGCAACUUUCAGGACCCGCCAUGGAUACGCCGCUCAGGCGCAGCCGGAGGCUGGAAGGCCUAAACCCUGAAUCCCCCGAGACCCCCAGCUCAGUUUUGCGGGCGAGACGGGCCCUUGUGGAGUUCAAGUCGGACCCGGAAGAGACGAGGGAACCCGAGUCUCCGAGUGCUCAGCAACCCGGCAUGGAGUCCCCCCGACGUCAGCCGGAGACAAGCCCGGGGUCACCUAUUCUACCGCAGGGUGCAGGUCUGGGGGCACCCGGAAGGGAGCCGGAGCCGGGCCCACUGUCCCUCCAGCGCCAGCAGAACCCAGGCCUGGAGUCGCUCCAAACACUUCCGGAGUCGGGUCCAGAACUCCCCGGAUUUCAGCCAAAGCCAAGUGGGGAGUCCACAGAGUUCUCCCAGACCCAGGAAAAGCUGGACUCGGAGUUGUCACUGAGUAAGAAGGAGUUGGCCUCGGGGUCUCCCCGACAUCAGCUGCGCCCAGGAUCCCCUGAGCCUUACCUGGCUGAGCAAGCGCCGGGUCCGGAGCCCUCGCGGCCACUCCAGGAGCCGACAGCCCAGUCACCCGCCUCCCCCCGGGGUCAGCGCGUGCCGAACAAGCCACCUCCGGCCUGGAAGACGGUGCGAAGCAGCCUCGGGGCGCAGAAGAGGACAAGCUCUUCAGCCCAGACCCCAGCGUCCAAGAAGUUGAAGGAGGGGGAGGAGGUUCCUGUAAUCCCUAUGGGAAAGCCCAAAUCGGGGCGGGUGUGGAAGGACCGCUCCAAGAAAAGGUUCUCCCAAAUGGUGCAGGACAAGCCCCUGCGCACAUCCUGGCAGCAGAAGAUGAAGGAGCGACAGGAGAGGAAGCUGGCCAAGGACUUCGCCCGGCACCUAGAGGAGGAGAAGGAGAAACGACGGCAGGAGAAGAAACAGCGCCGGGCGGAGAACCUGAAACGCCGCCUGGAGAAUGAGCGGAGGGCAGAGGUUGUCCAAGUGAUCCGAAACCCUGCCAAGCUCAAGCGGGCAAAGAAGAAGCAGCUUCGCUCCAUUCAGAAGCGGGACACGCUGGCACUGCUGCAGAAGCAGCCACCCCAGGGGCCAGCGGCCAAGAUCUGAGUGCGCGGCGGCCCAGAGGCCUGCGGCCAGCUGUUGUGUCAGACUCACACUUGUCGGGCCACGACCCUCCAGCUCUAGCGCCAUGCCGCCCUGCCCCAGGGGGCUUCUGAGCCUUCAAGGGCACGCAAGCCCGGAGGAACCCGGGGGCCUGGCAGAGACUGGAGGAGGGAAGAGGUUCAGCCCCACCCCCGCCUCCUUCCUCCCCUUUCCUCCUUCCUCAAGUGCCUUGCAGCCAAGAAGGGUAAAUUCUCUGGUUCCUUGGGAGCUGACAACUGGAGGGUGACUCCCUAAAAUGUGUAUUUCUGUCUCAAAGUCAUGGGUCCAACCCAGGCCAGGAGGCUGUAGUCAGGAACCAGUCUCCCUCACACCAUCCCAAAGGCUCCUUGGGGUGUCUCUGCAGCCCACUGGCCCGGUCACCCGGCCAGCUGAACCCGGCUUCCCCGACUUUUCAACACUGAAAGGUUAAGGAGGUUUCAGGAAGUGAGGUCUGCACCUCCCGCCCCCGCCCCCCAGCUCCCUCUCACCUGUGCCGGACUCUGCAGGAGACCCACAGAUCUGAUUCACUCACGCCAUCCUGUCUGUAACAAACAUUUAUUGGACGCCCGCUUUGUACGGGCACAAAUGUAGGUACCGGGGAAUACAGACAGAGGCCCCAGCCCCCAAGGAGCUUUCAUUCUGAUGGAAAGAACAUAAUAAACAGGGAAACAGUAUUGAGUUAAACAGUGGGAAGUGCCAAGAGUGAAGCAAGGGGGGAGGUAGCAGGGAACAUGGGGAGGUGUGAGGAUGGAUGUUGGUUCGGCCAGCGGCCGAUCCGUCCAACUGCUGAGCUCCUGCUGAGCAAGGCCCGGUGCGGUGAUGAACAGUAAGCCGGCCAGCCCAGCCUUCAGGACCCCAGACGUGCUCCCACAGUGGACCGGCAUUCCACUAACCAGUUACCAGCCACAGUUCUGCCCCUGGGCCCAGGGACAGACCCAAGUGCAGUGGUCUUUGUCCUCUAGUGUGUGGUGGGCAGAGGAGAGUUGGAUGUGCUGUACGGAGGUCCGACUGAGCCCUCGCUGCUACAGAUUGGGACAGUCGCCCAGCUUCUGUGUGGUUGGGAGGUGGGCAUUGGAAAGAUUUGGGGAUUAUCAGCAUUGCCCAGAGGGCACCCCAUGAAAUACCAGGGCUGUACAGAUGUCAGAUUCUUGAGGAAAUGUCAUACGCUGUGGUCUCAGA